AUGAUGGGAGGAUUCUGGCGAGGAAUGAUGAGAUCCUUAGUGGCGUUGAUCCCGGGCUUGUUCUAUGCAGCCGCCGGUAUGGGGAAGAGGCUGUGGGCCAUGGCCAGGGUGACGGAGAGGACAGCGGGGAGCAGCCCGGAGCACUGCAUGGUGACAGCGGCGCCAUGCGAUGACGGCACCAGGGGGGCGCUCCACUCCCAACCAAUCACCAGCCAGUGCUAUGAGAUGACGACGGCGGGCAGCGCCGAGCACUGUGGGCUGCUGGGAAAGCGAGGCAGGCAGGCGCAGGCAGCGGUGAUCGAGCCGAGAGAGGUUUUUGAGAAAUGCGACCUGGCUUUCCUACACACCCCUCACUGCCUGGGCAGCGGGGAAGUCAUGAUCAGUUCUCUGGGGGACCCGCGUGGCAACGCAAAAGGUGGUUUUGCCCUUCUGGACGCGGAGACCUUUGAAUUGAAGGGCAACUGGGAGAGACCCACUCAAGCGGCCCCUCAAGGGCAUGACUUCUGGUACCAGCCAAGGCACAACGUCAUGAUGAGCACAGAACUGGGGGGGUCGAAAUUCUUCGCCAGCGGGUUCAACCAAGCUGACCUAGGGAAAGGGCGCUACGGCCGUCGUGGGGCUUUUCCUCACAGUUGCCUGAACGUCUGGGACUGGUCCACCCACUGUCUUCUCCAGUCGAUCGGUUUAGGGGAGGAUUCUGUUCCCUUCGAAGUUCGGUUCCUGCACGACCCCGACGCUGCACACGGGAUGGUAACCUGUGGACUCCAGAGCUCAGUCUUUCACUUCUACAAGACAGAGGUGUUUGUGGGCGGCAGCAUCCAAAAAGACGGGGUGGUCACGGUCCUUGAAGAUCCGGAGCUCAACUGCCAACCUGAUCCUUUCAUGAUCCAAGCAAGAAAAGUCUACGGGGGACCUCACACGCUUCAGCUCAGCUUGGACGGCAAGAGGCUUUACUGCACCAAUAGUCUGUACACUCCUUGGGAUAGGGUGUAUUACCCCGAUUUGGUUAGGGAAGGCUCCGUCAUGCUCCAGAUCGACGUGGACACGGAACAUGGAGGUCUGUGCGUGAACGAAGACUUCCUGGUCGAUUUCGGGAAGGAACCCUGCGGGCCUGCCCGGGCUCACGAGAUGCGUUACCCCGGGGGAGACUGCACCUCGGAUAUCUGGGAGUAGUUGGGGAGUAUGUGGGCCUAGUCCAACGCUAGCUUUGGGAGAGCGCUCCG